AUGGCAAUGUGGUGCCGAGUAGAUGCAGGACCUGUUAACAAUUCGUGUCCAUUACCACCAAAUAUGGAAUCUAACUAUGAUUUUGAUUGGAAAUCUAAACCACAUGAAUGGAGUAAUACAGAUGCCAAAACUACUUCUCUUCAGCUUGCACUCUCCUGGACACCAACAUAUUGUGCAUCACUUUCCGAAGAAGUUCGAGAUAACGAAUUUCAAUGCCGUCUUAGCAAUAAUUUUAGUUUAAUUGUUCAUGGUCUAUGGCCUCAAACAUUAGGAGCAUUUUCACCUCGAGACCAGCCACGUAAUUGUCGAAAUACUGAACAACUAAGUACAUCAUUGAUUAAACGAUUCUUUUGUAUGAUGCCCAGUGAAUAUCUUCAACAAUCUGAAUGGGAAAAACAUGUUUUCACAGGUACUUGUCUUUUUACAACAGCAAUUGAUUAUUUUACAACUAUUGAAGACUUAUAUAAAUCAUUAAAUAUUCCUGAUAUUCAAUCAAUAAAAAAUCCAACAGCAACAACUAUUAAAAAUUCAUU